CGGGCGGGUCUGUCAGGGCGAGCGGGUGUCACGGAAGCCUGGGGGCCCUCCGUGGAGUUCGUGGGUACGAACGUCCCUUUGGGAAACGUCAUGAAAUGUGGACCCAUGUUCUAAGGCAAAUUUUUAAAAUUUUGUGUAUUAAAAAUAUAGACCCGAUGUCAUCCACAUGGGACCCACGUAAUUUGGGGCCCGUCUCCCCAUAAAAGUUCGAGGGGUGUGGCUUUGAGGCGAGAAUGCAGAAUGGGCACCUUCGUAUCGAAAGCCACUUGCUAACUGUCCCUCACACAUCGGGGCGCCACAACGUGAUUCUCUGCGCGGAAAACAUGCCCUUUGAGUCAGCCCCACCUCCUGGCCGCGGUGAUAAGCCCGAAGGAUUUCCGUGCCCCCAGCCCACGUGGAAUGGGGCUCUUAAGGGGCCCGCCUCCCUCUGUGCCCCCCAGUCGGAGCAGAGCGGCCGGGCGAGCACUGGGCGCCAAGCGCCGGGACGUGGGCAGCGCCUGUUGGCCGCGGCUCCGCGCUGGCGAGCUGUGGGGCUUGCUUGAGUUGAGCAGCCUCGUCUUCGUAAAAUGUCAUUGCAGAGGGCAGGGGGAGGCUGGAAGCGGAAAGGCGCAGAGCACCAGGGGCUCGGGCAUCCUGAGGCCGCUGCUGGUUUGGGGGCCAGCUCCUUCUGGUCUUUGUGCGCAGGUACUUCCCGAAGCCUGCCCUGUUUGUUGUGGUUAGAUAGGGCGAUCUGAUGAACAGACACUAAAGCACUAAGCCUAUCACUGGGUAACUUUUGGCUCACAGUUUUUGGCAGUUUUGCAUAUUUCACACCUCACCUGGCAUGCUCGGGCUGCCUGCGCUGUCGGUUCAGAUGGGCCUCGGUUACACAUGCCCCAGCUCCACGCAAAGCUCAGCAGCGCUGUUAGCCCAUUUUGCAGACUCAGCACUGAGCAGUGCCAGAGGUACCGCCUCUGCCAAACACCAGGUGUGGGCGCUGCCGUCUCUCCUGUGCCCCAUUGUCCCUCCACAGUUGAGCUCCUAAGGACUGAGUGAACUGGUUCCCCUGAUGGUCGUGGUCACCUGUUGGGGUCUGUCGCUAGAACCAAUAGAGCAGGAGCGAGAACAGCCAGUUGCCCCUGCCUACGCCCUGUUUCUGCCCUCCCCACCCCUUUAUUUAUUCACCCCUCCCCAGGUUCAGAUCCCACAAACCUCAAACACCAGUCUGUCUGCCCACUCAGAGUGAGUGACACCAGCCACCCUUAAAAUGUGGCUGGUCCAAGCCAGGAUGUGCCGGGAAGACUUAGUAUCUUGUUCUUUUAAAGGCAGAGUAUCUCUUCAGCGUUUUCUACUUAGAUUCAUUAGCCUUUGAAGUUCUCUCGGGCGGCAGCUUUGGGUUAAGCAGAAUAUACUGUUAAUAUCAAUGUUCCUAUUUCCUUUUUACUUUUCAGUCUAGAUACCACACACUGGAAAUUUACACAUGCAGCACAGGUUAUACUUCUAGCCUCUUUUGUGGUGUCGAUUCUUUCCACAAAAUAUAUCUCCAAUUCCUGCUUUCAUCAUUUUGCACUUCCUGUUUGUGGGUUUAGUUAUUUCUUAAAUGGGCUCCCCAAGAAUUUAGCCUAAUGCUUGGUGAAUGGUGAUUGGUGAAUUCAUGUUGCCUAUUGUAUUUCUCACAGUCUAUUGUUCACAGCAAAUUGAGACUCACAGCAUAAUUAAGGGAAGGGACAGGGGAUUCCCACCACGCCCCAUCCCACCACUGCCCGUCUUUCCCACUAGCAGGGUCCCCCACCAGAUUGCACAUUUGUUACAAGGAUGACUUCUGUGGGCACAGAAGUCACAGAAUUACCCAGAAUUCAUGAUUGGCUUUAGGGGUUACUCUUGAUGUUGGAUGAAUACAGUACAUAUUCAUCAAGCUUCCUUGCCCUAAAAAUACUGUGCCCCACAAAUUCACCAACUCCUCCCCCACUGAUCUUUGUACUGUCUUCCCCCUGCCCACCUUUUCCAGAAUGUCCUUUCCACUCGUAACCCUCUCAGACUGUCUUCUCAGUAGUAACCAUUUCAGUUCCUCUUGUCUCGAAGCUGGAUAGUUUACUUUCAGUUUGAACCUAAAGGAAUCUGCCUAUCGGCCGCAUCUUUCACAAACCCAGGCACUGUUCUCCCAUAACAAACCUCCCUAAUAGCUCACAACCCAAAUUUUAGAAGUUUUUUACUCUCUGGCUUAGCAAAAGCAAAGCGGUUAUUUUAGUCCCCCAGAGGCUUGGGGAAAGUUCUUGAACUUUUUCAGUGAUCCCUAUUCUCAGCACAUUUAAGGCUCUCAGUUUCACAUGUGAAAGUGCCUCUAAGCUGAGGUCUGGAAUGUCAGCCCUUAAUCACCCUUCCGGGAACUCGUCUCCCAUCCCCAGUGCUUCACAAGAUGGAGGUUUCACAAAAAUUCCCCAGGCAGCUGACUUGGAACUUGGGUUUUCACUGAGAGAAGUUUUAGACAUGCCCCAGCUGGUGUUUCUGAUUUCCUGGAAUUUUGAGGUUCAGAUUGCUUAAGCAGAAAAGGGAGUCUGACUUCAGAAACCAAUUUUGGAAAAAGACACUCACUCCUGUGCUUCCUGAAACCCAGGAGAUAUUUGGGGCUGGUCUGGGAAGGGACUAGAGGGUGCUAUACCCUGGGUGCUAUACCCUCGGUGCUAUAUUCUGGGUGCUAUAGGGUAUGGAGCAGGUUCCCUGGCUCCCACCCACUCAGUACUAGAGCACCCCAGUAUAGUAACCACCAGUGUCUCCAGAUACAGCCCAGUGUCCCCUGGAGCAGUAUCCCUGGUAAGUCCCACAGCUGAAACCGAAAGUAACUGGUUGCUCUUCACAGUACCCUGGAAAGAAUGGGGUGCUGGAGCAGGCUGACCACAGUGGCUGUCUCCCCUCCCCUCUUCACUGGGAUCAGUCAGGUCCACACCCUGAGGAUGCAGUAGUAACAGGAAGCGGGGUGUUCCUGCACAGCAAGGGGGGUGUCUGCAGGCCUGGGGUCCAGGCACAUUUCUUGUGUCAGUUAAACAUGUCACAGCAUCCCCUGAAAGUUUGGACUGAGUCACCCUUAGCAGAAAGGGGGUUUUCUCAAGUAGCCAUAGCAGCCACUGGUGACCUCUCCUCUCUGAGGUAAGCUGAGACCGAAGUAGCCCACUGGGAGUUCCUUGCUAGGAUGUAGAAUUAUCUGCUGGUUGGUUCACAGCAGCCAGGGCCUGUCUUGUCAUGUGGGUGCCAGUGUUGGCUGGGGGCUCCGAGGUCCAGUGCCAGCCUCGGUGGCCCCAGCGGCUCCUCCUCGCUGCCUGCUGAGCUAGCCACAGCCUUCACAUCCCCAGACUGUGGCUGUGUCACCUCGUCUCUGUCUCUCUCGUCACUCAACUACUUCCCUGUGUGCUUUAGUCCCAGUCACCGUCCUUAUAAGGACACCAGGCACUGCAUCAGGGCCACCGGCCUCCAGGGUGACCCCACUGUAACUAAUCACAUCUGCAAAGACCCCAUUUCCAAACCAGUUAGCUCAUAGUCCCGGAUAGCAGGGGCCAGGACUUGAUAUAUUUUGGGGGGACAUGAAUGAACCCACUACAGGGCUUGCGAGUGGCAAGUGACGGCGGUUGGGCGUGAUGAGAAUGUUGUGGAAUUCAAGGUGAUGGUGCUGUAUGCUGUCAGUUUACUAGAAGGCUCAAAUUUACUGAGAGGCUCCUCAGGAGAGCUGGAGUGUAAAAGCGCCUGUUGGGGCCGAGCCUGGCUGGCUUCUCCCUUCUCCCACCGUGCAGGUCAGAGAGCCUUGCCCAGAAAACAGAGAUGUGAGUGCAGACAACAGCAGAGACCUCAGGCGGAGCCACCUCCACGUGAACACCGCACCCUGGCCGCAGCCUCCCCAGGGAGCGGCGAGACCACUAGAAACAAGAAUCUUCAAGUGGGCGGCAGCUCCACAGCCCCCUCUAGCAGGACAGACCCUGGGCCAGAGCAGUUUGCACACCGACCAGGAACACAGGGGGUCCACGUGAGGAGCCAGGAGCAGCCUGCCCACCUCCUUCCCGGCGGCCCUUGGAGCCCAAAGGACGAACCCACAGGCAGCACCAGGACACGGGGGCCUCCUGCUGCUCUCAGCCUGAACAGUGCUCGGGAGCCGUCGGGCCGCGACGUCCCGGUGGCCCUGACUCCUGCGUCCUCGGGGACUCCUGCGGCUCCGCAGGGGCACGUGGGGGGCAGGCCGCACCAUGUCCAACCCCUUCCUGAAGCAAGUCUUCAACAAGGACAAGACCUUCCGCCCCAAGCGCAAGUUCGAGCCGGGCACCCAGCGCUUUGAGCUGCACAAAAAGGCACAGGCCUCGCUGAACGCGGGGCUGGACCUGAAACUGGCCGUGCAGCUGCCCGCCGGGGAGGAGCUCAACGACUGGGUGGCCGUGCACGUGGUGGACUUCUUCAACCGCGUCAACCUCAUCUACGGCACCAUCAGCGACGGCUGCACCGAGCAGUCCUGCCCCAUCAUGUCAGGCGGCCCCAAGUACGAGUACCGCUGGCAGGACGAGCACCGCUUCCGAAAGCCCACGGCCCUGUCUGCCCCGCGCUACAUGGACCUGCUCAUGGACUGGAUCGAGGUGCAGAUCAACAACGAGGACAUCUUCCCCACCAGCGUCGGCACGCCGUUCCCCAAGAACUUCCUGCAGGUGGUGAGGAAGAUCCUGUCGCGGCUGUUCCGGGUGUUCGUGCACGUCUACAUCCACCACUUUGACCGCAUCGCCCAGAUGGGCUCUGAGGCCCACGUCAACACCUGCUAUAAGCACUUCUUCUACUUCGUCAAGGAGUUCGGCCUCAUCGACACCAAGGAGCUGGAGCCACUGAAAGAAAUGACCUCACGGAUGUGCCACUGAGAGCCCCUCACCAUGUUGCCACAGCAGCCAGCGACACCCAGCCCGGGCCUGCUCUUCUGUCAAAGCACCUGGCGAACUCCGCAUCUUGCUGCUGAGAUGCUCCCCAAGCGGCCCCAGGCCUGCUGUGAGCCCCGCGCCUAGAGGGGAGGGGGGAGAUGAUGAGCUCAAACUGCAAUUCUGUAUUGGCCUCCACAGGGAAAACCUGCUUUGUGUUUACACCAUUUGCUUUGCCCCCACCUGGCCGCGCCCCUGCAGCAAGGGCCCCCAGCACUGAGUGCUGACUCUGCCAGGCCUGGGGCCGGGUCCUCCAGGCCAGCCUCUCUCCUGAGAGGUACGAUUCCCACCCCACGCUGUCCCCUCCCUCGCAUCUUCCUAAACCCAGUUCUGCUGUCUCAGUUCCUCUAAGAUGUUUUUGGCCUGUCUGUGCAGCAUCCUGGACCCAGGUUUUUACAUACAAAAGAUUUAAUCUUAUAGAUUUUUAUAGUUUCAUGUACAACUGCUUUGAGAUAUUAAAGAAACAUUUUUUUUUACGUAUACAAGGUGAGCCAAUCCCCACCCCAAGAAAAGACCCCCCUUUCUGUAGUGAUGACACAGGUCAGCUCUCCCACAGAGCUCCCCUCUCAGGGCUGGGCAGCUUUGCCUUCACCUAAAGGUUACUGGACUUAGCUUCUCUCCAGAUGCCCGUUAACUCUCAGAGGAAGUCGGACAGGUGCCUCCCAGGGGCUGGAGGCCAAAAUCCCAGAGCGCGUCCCCACAGGCCUCAAGUGGUGUGAGCAGGGCUCCCAGGCCCCUGCCCUCCAUUGCCCUGCUCUAGCAUCAUCUGUGGCCUUUCUGACGGGGCAAUGGCCACCGCCUAGGCCGGCGCGUCCCCAGCCUCCUGCAGCACUGAGUGCCGCCGCGUCGGGAUGCUCUGACUGCCUGACAUUGAGCAAACGCGAUGAGUGUGACCUCGGCUUGGGUCCUCUGGAGCCCUUGGGUCCAGCCACCCCACCCCAUGGGGAGAUGGACCCCAAGGACUACAGAGAGCCGUCUGAUCAAAUGUAGCUCUUUUUAUAAUACCGGGCCAUGACCCUCUGGCACCCAUGGUCCCCGCCAUUCCUCCAACCUGGCCUGGUUGGGGACAGUCAGGCACUGCUGGGGCAGGGUGGGUCCCCACCCCAGAACCCCUCUGCACCUGUAUGUGUCUCCGCACAAACACCAGAAUAAACUGUGCCAACAUUAUGCCCACUCA